AUGAAAGAUUUCGCAGGGUUUAGGAUGAGUGUUGCCAAGAUUUUACUCACUUUUGGAUUCCUAUUAAACUUAUGUGUGGCCAAUAAGAUGACAAUGGAUCAGGACGAUAUCCAGGUAUGCUCUGGUAUGUAUUCGAAGCAAGACCACGGUGGUAAGACAGAUCCGUUCAUAUCUUUCAACAUGAAGAAAUUGACUAAUGGAGAUCCUGGUGUCGUGGUAGCUAUCUUCGAUUUUCAAGAUUAUGAGCAUUUGGGUGUAGAGGUUAGCGAAGGUGUUCACCACUAUAUCUGUGACGAUUAUGCUAUUAGUAAAGGCUACUGUAAAGAAGAUAAGAAGGACCAAUUCAUUGUGCAAGACGUGGCAUACGACCCUUAUACUGGAGCUAAUAAAACGUUGGCCAACAAAGUUAUGUCAUUUUCUCAAAACGCAGCAGGCUUACACGAUAAAAAAUACCCAGUGACUAAGACCGGUUAUUACUGUGUUCUUGGAUUUAGUAAAUCUGAUUCUACAAAGUAUCAGGCUGUGGUCAAUUUCAGAAAUGCAUAUGGUCAUUUAGCAGCCUCUGAAAUUAACAAAUUGCCUUUGUAUGGUUUAUUGGCCAUCGGUUAUGUGGUUGCCAUGGCAUUGUACUCCUUUGCCUUCUGGAGACAUAAACACGAACUUUUACCUCUACAAAAAUACUUGUUGGCAUUCUUUGUGUUUUUAACUGCUGAAGCCAUCUUCGUGUGGGCUUAUUAUAAUAUUCAAAAUGAGAAGGGUGAUACUGCGGGUAUCAAAGUUUAUAUGGUUUUCCUUUCCAUCUUAACCGCUGCUAAGGUUACCUUUUCAUUCUUCCUUCUUUUAUUGAUUGCGCUUGGUUAUGGUAUUGUUUACCCCAAGUUGAACAAGACUUUGAUGAGACGUUGUCAAUUGUUUGCCGUUUUAAACUUUGCAUUGUCGGUGGCAUUCUUGAUUCAAAGUUAUUUGGAAGAUCCUGAAUCUACAUCUUUGAUGAUUUUAAUCACAUUGGUCCCAGUUUCAAUCACGAUGUUUGCCUUCUAUUUCAUGAUUUUGAAAUCUAUGACCAAUACUGUUCGUUAUUUGAGAGAUCAAAGACAAGUGGUUAAAUUGGGAAUGUACAAGAAACUGAUGACCAUCAUCUACGCCUCUUUGCUGAUCAUCUUAGCUGGACUCGUAAUAUCGUCAUUUGUCUUCUUGGGAAUGAACACUAUCGAAAUGAUUGAACAACAUUGGAGAACAAGAUUUUUCUUCACCGAUUUUUGGCCAACUUUGGUUUAUUUUGGUGUCUUUGUCAUAUUUGCGUUCAUUUGGAGACCAACAGAUACCUCCUAUAUGUUGGCUUGUUCCCAGCAAUUGCCUACAGAUCCAGAAAAUGUAGCGGAUUUCGAUUUGGACGAUUUACAGUCGAUGGGUGAAUUGGAUAACGAAUUCGAUGACACUAUUAGAGACGAAGAUAUUAACUUCACAGAUGAAGAAGAACAUCAACCACAACAUGAAGAAGUACAUCACGAUGACGAUACCCACAACAAAGAUGGGAACAUAAAUCCUCCCAAAUCUGCGUAA